AGCUGGAGCUUUAACCGGAUUAUGGAUUUAGAAGAAAGAUUCAACACAUAAAGGAAGAAAUAAAGUGGCAGAGAGCCCUCAGGAACGAUGUCCUUUUGCCACAAUAUAAUCAAUAUUUCCUGCGUGAACAGCAGCUGGCCGAAUGCUGUCCGUGUUUCCCUGUAUAGUUUAAUGGUGCUUGUAAUUCUGACCACAGUGAUCGGCAAUCUGAUAGUUAUUAUUUCCAUAUCACACUUCAAGCAACUUCAUACCCCAACUAAUUGGCUCAUUCAUUCCAUGGCCACCGUGGACUUCCUGCUGGGGUGCCUGGUCAUGCCUUAUAGCAUGGUGAGAUCUGCUGAGCACUGCUGGUAUUUUGGAGAAGUCUUCUGUAAAAUUCACACCAGCACUGACAUUAUGCUGAGCUCAGCAUCCAUUUUCCACUUGUCCUUCAUUUCCAUUGACCGCUACUAUGCUGUGUGUGACCCGUUGAGAUACAAAGCCAAGAUCAGUAGCUUGGUUAUUUCUGUGAUGAUCUUCAUUAGCUGGAGCAUCCCUGCUCUUUUUGCAUUUGGGAUGAUCUUUCUGGAGCUAAACUUCAAAGGAGCUGAACAGAUGUAUUACAAACACACUCAUUGUGUCGGGGGUUGCUCUGUCUUCUUUAGCAAAGCACCUGGGGUACUGGCCUUUAUGACUUCUUUCUAUAUACCUGGAUCUAUUAUGUUGUGUGUCUAUUAUAGAAUAUAUUUCAUAGCUAAAGGGCAGGCAAAAUCAAUUAAUAAUGCAAAUCGGAAGCUUCAAAUUGAAUUGGAAGAGAAAAAUGGAAUUUCACGAAGCAAAGAAAGAAAAGCUGCAAAGACUUUAGGGAUUGUGAUGGGAGUUUUCCUAAUAUGUUGGUGUCCUUUCUUCGUCUGCACAGUCAUGGAUCCUUUCCUGGGCUAUACUAUUCCACUCACAUUGAAUGAUGCAUUAAUUUGGUUUGGCUACUUGAACUCUGCUUUUAAUCCAAUGGUUUAUGCAUUUUUCUAUCCCUGGUUCAGAAGAGCACUGAAGAUAAUUCUACUUGGUAAAAUUUUCCAAAAAGAUUCAUCUAGGUGUAAUUUAUUUUUUGAAUAAAAUCCAUAGAAUUAUACCUUACUGUUUUGCAGAACAGCUGGUAAUCAUAUUUAUGAAAACAGCAUAAUCAACCACAUGCGCCAACUGCAGGGUCUUUGAUCAGUUACUUGAUUUAAAGAAUGUAUAAUGAGAUAUGAUGAUUGAUUAUAUCUUGCUUCCUACUUGGGAUGUAGAAGAUAUGACCUUUGCCAUUUUUACUAUACAUAUGAAGCUUUGCAAGUUCAUAAUUUAAG